GCUACCGGGGCUGAGGGCCCGCCGCGCCCGGCCCUGCCAUGGCUGCGUGCGGCUGUAACGCGCUGCUGGCCGCGGCCAGGGCCAGUUUCAGGGGCUCCCGUCUCCUGGCUCACUGCAGCUCUCCGUGCUCCCCAGCCGCUGCUCUGGUCCAGCUGGUGGAUCCCCAGCUCAGCUGGAGCUGCAGGGACUCCCAAAGCCAGCCCUGGGCACGCCGAGCCUGCCUGCCCCGCUCUCCUGCCCACGCCCUGCACACCUGCAGCAGCUCCCAGCAGCAGCUGCCAGGGGAGCCCCAUGGAAAACCCAGGAAUCAGGGGGGUAAAGCUGCUAAAAGCCUGGCCAAGCAGGUGGUGGCUCCUGCAGGGAAGAAACCUUUGAGGCAGAGGGUCGUGGAUGAGCUGAAGCAUUACUACAGUGGGUUCCACCUGCUCUGGAUCGACACCAAGGUGGCUGCCAGGAUGGUGUGGAGGCUGCUGCACGGGCAGGUGCUCACCAGGAGGGAGAGGAGAAGGCUGCUGAGAACUUGUGCAGAUCUCUUCAGGCUGGUUCCCUUCCUGGUGUUUGUCAUUGUUCCCUUCAUGGAGUUUCUGUUACCCUUGUUCCUGAAGCUCUUCCCUGACAUGCUGCCCUCCACGUUUGAGACGGAGUCAAAGAAGGAAGAGAAGCUGAAGAAGAAGUUGAAUGCCAGGCUGGAGUUGGCCAAGUUCCUGAGGGAGACCAUUACAGAGAUGGCCAAAAGGAACAAGGCAGACACAGGAAAAGAGAAACAAUUCUCCUUUUACCUGCACGAGGUGCGUCCCAGCGGCCAGCAGCCCAGCACACAGGAGAUUGUGCGUUUCUCCAAGCUCUUUGAGGAUGAGCUGACCCUGGAGCACCUGGAGAGGCCCCAGCUGGUGGCUCUGUGCAAGCUGCUGGAGCUGCAGGCCCUGGGCACCAACAACCUGCUGCGCUUCCAGCUGCUGAUGCGACUGCGCAGCAUCAAGGCCGACGACGAGAUGAUUGCCAAGGAAGGGGUCAGUGGCCUGAGCGUGGCGGAGCUGCAGAGCGCCUGCAGGGCCAGAGGGAUGCGGUCAGUGGGGCUCUCUGAGGAGCAGCUGAAGGAGCAGCUGGGGCAGUGGCUGGAUCUGCAUUUAAAGGAGAACAUUCCUUCUUCCCUCCUCCUGCUUUCCCGUGCCUUGUACUUAAUAGAUGUAAAGCCACAAUCUGUUCCCAUUCCACAGAACAAGACAACUGAUGCUGCUGGGAUGACAUCUGUGCUUGAAGGUCAGAAGACCCUCCGGGAUCCUGCCCCUGUUGUACAGGGAAGAAAGACUGAAGAAUUUGUGUCCCAGCCAACAGAGAAAUUGCCAUUCCCUGAAGCAUCAGUGAAGCCUCCUCCCCCACGAGAGACCAAAAUGGAAGCAUCCCAGAGCAGCAAGGCUGGUGCCAAUGGAGUCUAAUGUGGAGGCAGCACUGGGAGGAAGCAGCUUCCAUCUCCACACCUGCAAAGGGAGCAGGGGUUUCCC